AUAAACAACAGAAACAAUCGAAUUUAAUAAUAGCGUGGGAUAGAAUAGGGGACAAGUGGGAUAAUGCGAUCUAGAUUUGCUAAGAUCUUUCAGUAUCUCUUCUUCAGUCUUUUUCUAGAUUUCUUCCUUCACUAUAUCUACUACUCCCACAUUACCAAAUAGAACCAUCCUUUAUUCCUUACUAUAAUAUUCACUUUUUCUUAGUUGGAUUCUAUUUUGAAACAGAGACCCAAUAUUUGUAUUGGUAAUAGAAUUGGAGAAAAUGGCACAUGAGUUGCAUGUUCUUGCUGUGGAUGAUAGCCAUGUUGAUCGGAAGGUUAUUGAGCGAUUGCUGAAAAUUUCUUCUUGUAAAGUGACGGCGGUGGAAAGUGGAAGGAGUGCUUUGCAAUAUUUGGGUUUAGAUGGAGAGAAGACUUCUGUGGGGAUUGAUGAUUUGAAGGUAAAUCUGAUACUGACAGACUAUUCUAUGCCUGGGAUGACUGGAUAUGAACUUCUCAAAAGAAUUAAGGAAUCAUCGGCAUUGAGCAAGAUCCCCGUUGUUAUUAUGUCAUCUGAAAAGAUUUUAGCUCGCAUUGAUAGAUGUUUGGAGGAAGGGGCUGAAGAAUUUCUACUGAAGCCUGUGAAGCUCUCUGAUGUUAAACGUCUCAGAGAUUUUAUACUGAGGGGCGAGGGGGAUAAGGAAGAAAGAGAGAAGAAGAUCAAAGAAGGAAGUUCAAGAAAGAGAAAAUUCCAAGACGAUUCAUCGACACAACCAAUGCCAUCUUCUUUAGUUACAGGCCAUGAUAUACAAUCAACACCAGAAUCUUCAGCAGCAUCAGUAUCUCAAUUCUCAAAGCAACACAAGAUUGGUUAACACAGAAUCGGGUUAGAUAUGACACAUAAUAUUUUGCUCUCUAAUUCACCAGCUGUACAUGUUUAGUUCCUCCAUUUUGGUAAGAGAAAUGAGCUCUAUAGAAAAAGCUGGGAAAUUCACAUGAUUUCCUAUUGUUAUUUGUAACAAACCCGGGAUAUUUUGACAUUAAACGCUAUGGCAUUGCCUUCUUAGCAACCAAAUCUUGUUGUUAACUUCUGUUUUUGUUUUCUUCGUGCAUUUGUUUGUUUGGUUACGCUUGGGCUGGUCUUUUUUGAAUUUGACCACCAAGAGUAUAGUCUAGUGAUUCUGGUGGAGUUUGAAUUGAAUUCUUAUUGUUUGUCUUUUUUCUUUUUCGGCAUAUUCCAAUGUAAUAGAAGUAGAAAAUUAAUUU